UACAGUAUUGUGAUAUUAGAGGGGCUGCAGUGUUCCUGCUUCAUAACCAGCAGCACCAUGAACACAGCCCUGCACAACCCCCUCAAAUCGCUGGGCGAAGACUUCUAUCGGGAGGCUAUAGAGCAUUGUCGGAGUUAUAACGCUCGCCUGUGUGCAGAGAGGAGCAUGCGACUUCCUUUCCUGGACUCCCAGACCGGCGUGGCACAGAACAACUGUUAUAUAUGGAUGGAAAAGACACACAGGGGGCCAGGCUUGUCACCGGGACAGAUCUACACCUAUCCUGCACGAUGCUGGAGGAAGAAGAGGCGGCUGGACAUAUUAGAGGACCCUCGUCUGAGGCCCUGUGAGUUCAAACUUGAUUAUGAAGUGCCUAUGAAGAAGGAGGGCAGCUUGCCGGAGGGGCCGGUCCUAGAAGCCUUAUUGUGUGCAGAGACAGUGGAUAAGAAGCUGGAACUAAAAGAGGAGGAGAUAGUUAGCGAUUGUCAGAAGACACAAGUUGGAGACGUGCCACACGAACUAGAGGCCGAUGACCUGGAAGACGAUACCCCAAAACGCAAGAACAGAGCCAAAGGAAAGGCCUGUGGAAUUGGGGGCUUGAAGAAGAGACAGGAUGCUUCCGCCUUAGAAGAUCGAGACAAACCCUAUGUGUGUGACAUUUGUGGCAAGAGAUACAAGAAUCGGCCUGGUCUCAGCUACCACUACACCCACACUCACCUGGCUGAGGAAGAGGGUGAGGAGAAUGCAGAGAGAUAUCUUAUCCCUUUCCACAGGAAAAAUAACCACAAACACUUCUACAGAGAGCUGAACUGGGUGCCUGAGAUGCAGCCCCGGCAUACAGUGAAAAAGGCCCCCGACGGCUCGGUCAUUGCCAAUGGCUAUUGUGAUUUCUGCCUAGGAGGAGCCAAGAAGACAGGGUGUCCAGAAGACCUCAUCUCCUGUGCAGACUGCGGACGUUCUGGUCACCCCUCAUGUCUACAAUUCACCGUCAACAUGACAGCCGCUGUUAGGACUUAUCGCUGGCAGUGUAUUGAAUGCAAGUCCUGUAUCCUUUGUGGUACUUCAGAAAACGAUGACCAGCUGCUUUUCUGUGAUGACUGUGACCGAGGGUAUCAUAUGUAUUGCCUGAGCCCCCCAAUGUCUGAGCCCCCAGAAGGAAGCUGGAGUUGUCAUUUGUGCCUGAGACAACUGAAGGAAAAAGCAUCGGCCUACAUCACACUGACCUAG